UCCGCCACAUCAGAGCAGCGCGACGAUGUCGAGCAGCAACCGGGAAGGGGCCCGGCCCACCAGCCCGGCCGAUGGCUUCAGCACGCCUGAAAAGCGCGGCUUUACCGCUGCGGGCUUGGCGGAUCUUAUUGGGCUCCACCCUCGGCUCUGGGACACGGAGCAGCUGUGCGCCUUCCUCCAGCGCCAGGGCUUCCAGGAUGAGGAGCUGCACUGCGUUAGAGAAAAUGGAAUAACCGGUUCAACUGUACCAUAUCUCGCUGAAUCUCAUCUUGAAAACAUGGGAAUUCGAGCUGUAGGGGUGAGAGUGCAGCUGCUAACUUGUGUGCGCAAACUGGCACAAAGUCACACUGAUAUAACAAAGGUAUUUAAUGAUCCAAUCCAUGGUCAUAUUGAAAUGCAUCCUCUUCUUGUUCGCAUCAUUGACACACCUCAGUUUCAACGUCUACGAUACAUUAAGCAGUUGGGUGGCACUUACUAUAUCUUCCCAGGAGCAUCACACAACCGCUUUGAACAUUCUCUUGGGGUUAGUCAUCUCGCAGGCCGUUUGGUGCAGGCAUUGCAAGAACGACAACCUGAACUGUGUAUUGAUCAGAGGGAUAUUCUGUGUGUUCAGAUUGCUGGACUUUGUCAUGAUUUGGGUCAUGGACCAUUUUCACAUAUGUUUGAUGCAAGAUUCAUUCCACUUGCUCGUCCAGGAUUAAAAUGGAAGCAUGAGCAGGCUUCCGUUCAGAUGUUUGAACACUUGAUCACCUCCAAUAAUCUAAGACCAGUCAUGGAAUCUUAUGGUCUCAAGUUGGAUGAAGACAUAGAUUUUAUCAAAGAACAGAUAGCUGGUCCUGUUGAGGUGAACAGGGUGGACUCCAAGUGGGUUUAUCAUGGUCGUUCCAAAGAAAAGAGUUUUCUUUACGAGAUAGUGGCUAACAAAACAAGCGGCAUUGAUGUCGAUAAAUGGGACUACUUUGCCAGAGAUUGUCAUCAUCUUGGAAUUCAAAACAAUUUUGAUUAUGAGCGCUUCAUUAAAUUUGCUCGUGUGUGCCAAGUGAAAAAUAUGAUGCAUAUUUGUACCCGUGACAAGGAGGUGGGAGACUUGUAUGACAUGUUCCACACACGAAACUGUCUGCACCGCAGAGCAUAUCAGCACAAAGUUGGCAACAUUAUUGAAACCAUGAUUACUGAUGCCUUUUUAAAGGCUGAUCCACAUAUCAAAAUAAAGGGCUCUGGUGGAAAAGUGUUCCAGAUCUCUACAGCAAUGGAAGACAUGGAAGCCUACACCCGGCUGACAGAUGAAAUCUUUUUAAAGAUUCUACAUUCUGAUGAACCAGAGCUGAGUGAUGCACGGGAAAUUCUGUAUAAAAUAGAGCGGCGCGAUCUCUUUAAAUUCCUAGGUGAAACACAGCCACCAGAGGGCAAGGAAAUUAAACAGGAAGAGUAUGAUAGAUUGUGUGCCGAAAUUGUAAAUUCCAAACCUGUGACAAUCUCUCAAGAUGUGGAAUUGAAGGCUGAAGAUUUUAUUGUUGAUGUUAUUAAUAUGGAUUACGGAAUGAAAAAAAAGAACCCCGUCAAUAAUGUCCGUUUCUACUGCAAGUCUGACAUCACUCAGGCAGUUAAAAUUACUAAAGAACAAGUUUCAAAGCUGCUCCCAGAAAAAUUUGCAGAGCAGAUAAUCAGGGUUUAUUGUAAGAAAAAGGAUGCAAUGAUAAUUGACGCUGCUACACAAUAUUUUGUUCAGUGGUGUAUGAAUAAGAAUUUCACUAAACCACGGAAUAGUGAUGUGGUUGCUCCAGAACUUACUCCAAUGAAAAAAAGCUGGAAUAAAGAUGAUGAAAAUCAUGAUUCAAACAAAGACAGUCAUGCUUUAAAGUGUAGAACAAAACUUUUCAAAGAUUGAGUUACUAUAUUGCUUCAAUUCUGUGUAUUUGUAUGUAUUCUCUCUGUGUAUAUGUAUUCUAGCCAAGUUUUCUUCAAAAAGGAAUAUUCUGUAAAAUUACAGCGCAAGCUUGUAUAAUGUCUUUGAAAAGCUGCAGUGGAAAAUACCUGUAGAUUUUUUCAAAGUUUGUGUAUUGUUGUGGUUUUCAGAAAGCUGUGAAAAUAAUGUAUCAACAAUUCUCCUAUUUUAUUGUUAAUUUAAGUCUAUGUUAUAAAAGUCAAUGUUCUGUAAAACAAACUUAUAAAAAUGCUUCAGUGUUUAAAAAUCAAGAAACUGAAGGACAGAUUUCAGGUUUAAAGCAUAAAUAUUUUUUCUAAGAUACUCAGAAUAUUUCACUGAAUCCAGCAAUGACUUUAUACUAGCAUAAAUUGUCUAUACUUGCAGAAGGAGGGGCAACCAAUUUCCAUCAGUCUUUCUCUUCUGUACUGUUUGAAAUGCCCCAACCCCCACUCAGUUCUCUGAGAAAUGCUUUCUCAAGGGAUGGGGAGUGUCAGAUCCCCCCCGAUC